CAGGUUUUGCUAGCUCCCGCCGCUGAAGCUGGAGCUGGGCUAACGCCCCAGCGUGCCGCGGCAUAGGCAUAUUCUUAAAAAACGCAGCUCCGAGCGGCCACCAGCGUGAGAAGCGUCAGUUCGCCCCUGUUUUCGAGUUGGAAACUUUGAAGCAGCCUUGCGCUGAAGCUGAGUCAUAUAUCGGUCUACAGACGCCACGGCAUUUGUGACGGCUCACGGAUAAGCUGGUCCGGUGCCGCCGCAACAGCUCCGUCGAAAGAAACGAAGAAUCAUGGGCGGUCUCCGCAGCCUCUGGUGGCGAAGAGCGGCCGAGCACCACAACGCCCAGCAGACGCGCAUGUGGGCCGAGUACCAGUCGCGGGGCUAUGGGGAACAACAGACGACGGUCCGGCCGCGCCGGCGCCCGCGCACGGAGCCCCAGGACCCGGUGUUGUUCGGCGUGCUCAUGGCCCUUGCGAUCGGCGUCGCGUGUGUCCUGACGCUCGAGCCCACGACCUGCCCCUACGGCGCGAAACAGCUCCUCGCGGCGCGCGAGCCCUGGCAGACGGCGAAUAGUACGACGCCGCCGCGCUGGGCCGACCUCAACGCGACGAUCCAGAACGGCUUCACGCGCUGCGGGAAGUACGCGAACGACACGGAUUUAUUUGUGGACGAUUCCAAUGAAGGCGCGGGCACGACUUAUGGCUACGCCCGUGAAGACGUGGAGGCGUUGGUAGAGAGGGCCCAAGCCGUCGUGGAAAAGCGACAAUACGGCUCGCGCCCGAACGACGCGCACUUCCUCGAGGCGCUCGUGGGCCACGUGGCCAACGGGUCGUCGGUGCUGGUCGUCGGCAGCGCUGAGCCCUGGCACGAGGCCGUGUGCCUCGCUCUGGGCGCUUCAAGAGUGACGACCGUCGACUACGGUUCAAGAAAAUACGAGCACCCGCAACUGGACCAGGUCAAUGCGAGCUUCUGGAAUCAACUAGACGACGCGAAUCUAGGAUACGACGUCGUUGUCUCCGCUUCAUCGCUGGAUCAUGAUGGACUGGGCCGCUACGGCGACCCCAUCGCGCCGGACGGCGACCUCCUGACGAUGCGGUUAUUACUAAGAGCGCUCGCGCCAGGAGCUAAAGUUAUCCUGAGCGUGCCGGUGGGGCCCGACAGGAUUAUUUGGAACCUGAUGCGCAUAUAUGGAAAAGACCGCCUCGCGCGAUUGACAGACGGCUACGACGUCGUCGAAAGAAUAGGCUACGACUCCACGAAACUAGACGAAGCGCCCGAGAACGUGCUACGGACGUACGAGCCGGUGUUUGUAUUAAGCGUGCCUGACCAGAUUUGCCUGGAGGAUGCGUUCUGGUGCAACUUUCAAAAAAGGACGGUCUUCGGCCAAUCCGUCGUCACGGUGGUGACGGUGGUGGUGGUGGCGCUCAUGGUCCUGUCCGUCGCGCGGGAUUUGCGGGCGGGCAAGUACCUCGCGGCGGGGGCGACGCUCGUCAUGAGCGCCAUUGCUGCGGUCUAUGGGCCGGUCGCGCUCUUCUGUCUGCCCGUGCAUAUCUACAUCCACCGACCGGAGCGGCCGAAGGUCGUCGACUUCGGCCGCGCGCCGCGACUCGGGUGACGCGCGCCGCGCCGCAGCGACCAUCGCAAGAAGCGACGAAGGAGACGCUAUGACGCCCGGCGACGCCUACUGGGUAGGCGUCGCCCGGCCGAGGAAACCCGCACUCCGCCUCCGUUGUCGUAAACAC